AUGCACAGCAAGGGGCUCGAUCUGAUUGCGGCUACGAUAUUUGAGGGAGGGGAUGAGAAGAAGUGGGAGCGGACAAACUUCGAACCGACCCCGCCACUCUCCACCUACAUCAUUGCCCUCAUCGUCCACGAUUUUGGAUACGAUAGUGCGACGGUCAACGACCGGAACAUCAAGAUCGGUGUCUAUGCCCGCAAAGAGAUGAUGAACCAGACGAAGACGGCCCUCAACGCCGCUCUAAUCGCCGUGCCCGAGCUGGAGCGCGUCACCGGGGUUCCGUACCCCCUGAAGAAGCUAGAUAUCUUUGCCAUCCCCGACUUUGCUGCCGGCGCCAUGGAGAAUUGGGGCAUCAUGACGUUCAGGGAAACGAUGGUGCUCGAUGACCCGGUCCAACAUGGUUCCAGCAGAAGGAUAGAGGUUGAGGAUACGGUGGCGCAUGAGAUUGGUCAUCAGUGGUUCGGCGACCUGGUGACCCCGGAAUGGUGGGGCGAUCUGUGGCUGAACGAGGGUUUCGCCAAGUUCUCCGAACUCAUCGUCGGGCGCAAGUUUGGAAGGCCAACUGACGGCUGGGGACAUCAAGACGCCGUAUUCUUGUCGCACUACCGCAAGGCGAUGGACGAGGACGAUAUCAUGCCGCUGAAACCGAUCGUUGUCGGGAAGGCCCGACGCGGCGAUGCCGAUUACAAUCGCGAGCCCCACUCCUACUACGCCAUCCGCGACAUGUUCGGCAAGCUGACGUACGAAAAGGCGGCCUACGGCAUCUACACGUUGUUCACCACCCUCGGCGAGGAGCGCUUCACCAAGAUGAUCAAGGAGCCCUUCAGUGAGGCCCAGCAGGCGUUGCUGUUCGAGUUUAGCCAAGUGCGCCUACAGAUCACCGCCCAUAUCCCAACCCAAACCACGAUGGACGCCCUUGGCAUGAUCGCCACCAUCUACAACCCAUCGGAGAGGCGCCUGAAAAUUGCCGACGACGUCGCCAAGGUCAGCAGCAAGAGCCGGGCUGCUGAAAUGGGUGCCCUGCUCGAAUCCGCGAAAUGGGAGCAGAACAGUGGGGCGGUGCCCCCGGAAGCGCUCGCCUACAUGGAACAGACGAUGAACGUCUGUGCGGCCGGAGAGCGCACCAGCAAGUGCAGCAAGCAGUCACCGGUGCUGCGUUGGCUGAACUAUGUCUGGGCCGUGAGCAAGUCGGACGAUCCGGAGCAGGCCCUGAUUUGUGCCCAUAUGUGGGAGAAGCUGCAGAUUGAGACCGAACCUGCUGAGCAAGAGGCCCUCGCAGCUGGUGUUGCGGCCUGCGACAACGAGACGCUCGUCGAAGAGCUCUUCUCCCGCCACAUUGCCAAUGACGGCCUCACCCGCCUUCAAUCGACCACGAUGUUCGCGUUUGUGCGGGCUAUCUUGGAGCCUAACCACGCCAUCCAGUAUCUCACCGAAAAUGUCAACAGCUUUUGGGAGACGCUGUCCUACGCACCCGACGAGCGAAAAGAACUGUUUGAAAACCUCCUCGGGGCCGUCAACGACGACGAGCGAUUGGCCGAGGCCCGCUUGCUGCGCGCCAGGCCCGAUCUGCCGGAGGAUUUGCGCGAGUUGCCCUCAUGGGAUACGGCCUUCGAGACGCAUCGGCUGAAUCGGCGGUGGCGCUUGUUGUAUGCGCACGACCUGCUCAGCCACUUUGAGCGCAUCCUCGCCAAGGUGCUGGGGUCGGACGACGACGAUAGGGCGCUGAACAAGCCCGACACCGAGCCGCUGCUCCCAGUAGUAGCUGCUGAUCAGGAGCCGUGGACCGUUGACGUUGACGUUGACCUUGACAAGAAUGACGCCGAG